CACCCCACUCCGGAGCUCUCCAAACCCUACUGCUAAGGGAAGGCACCGGGAGGGAAGCUAGACCCCAGCGAAUUUCUCACUCCCCCAGAGAGAUGGGCAGCACUCUGGGUAGGGGAGACAUCCCCCAUCCCACUUGUGAGAGCAGACAAGGGAUACCCUGGGAGGCCCUCAUCCAUCUUUGUUCUGCUGGGGUGUAGGGACUAGGGCCAAGUUUGCCUCCUGCCCAGUAGGGUCCCCAGCACCCUUCCCAGGGGCAGAGGCUGGGGGAGUGACUGCUGGUGUAAGCCCCAGAGUGCAUGCGACACAAACACGGAUGUGCAAAGCUGGUGGCAGGAAGAGGAGGGGCCAGGCUAUAGAGUUGCUGCAAAGUUUUGGCCUGGGGGAGUGUCCUAUUCCUCCUUCUGGGGCAGCUCCGCCUGCCCAGCUGGCCCAGCCCCUCCACUUGUGCCAAGGAAUGUGCCAGGAGAGGCGGGUGGGGCAGCAGAGCCACGCCGCCCGGAGGCAGCGCACAGGUCAACGUGGAGGUGCCAGGCCACCAUGCUCAGUCUCAAGCUGCCCCAACUUCUUCGAGUCCACCAGGUCCCCAGGGUGUUCUGGGAAGAUGGCAUCAUGUCUGGCUACCGCCGCCCCACCAGCUCGGCUUUGGACUGUGUCCUCAGCUCCUUCCAGAUGACCAACGAGACGGUCAACAUCUGGACUCACUUCCUGCCCACUUGGUACUUCCUGUGGCGGCUCCUGGCGCUGGCGGGCGGCCCUGGCUUCCGCGCGGAGCCGUACCACUGGCCGCUGCUGGUCUUCCUGCUGCCCGCCUGCCUCUACCCCUUCGCGUCGUGCUGCGCGCACACCUUCAGCUCCAUGUCGCCCCGCGCGCGCCACAUCUGCUACUUCCUGGACUACGGUGCGCUCAGCCUCUACAGCCUGGGCUGCGCCUUCCCCUACGCCGCCUACUCCAUGCCGGCCUCCUGGUUGCACGGACCCCUGCACCAGUUCUUUGUACCCUCCGCCGCACUCAACUCCUUCCUGUGCACCGGCCUCUCCUGCUACUCCCGUUUCCUGGAGCUGGAAAGCCCUGGGCUCAGUAAGGUCCUCCGCACAGCAGCCUUCACCUAUCCCUUCCUGUUCGACAACCUACCUCUCUUCUAUCGGGCCCAGCCACCCGCCCAGCUGUGCCCACCUGCGCUGCAUCCUCACCAGACCCCGACACACACCCAUAUUUCUGCUCCGGAGCCCUCCCCACCAGCCUUGCUUUUCCUCUGCCAGCUUGGGCUGUGCUGGGGCAGGGGCCACAGCUGUGGGCAGGAGGCCCUGAGCACCAGCCAUGGCUACCACCUCUUCUGCGCACUGCUUACUGGCUUCCUCUUCGCCUCCCACCUGCCCGAAAGGCUGGCACCAGGACGCUUUGACUACAUUGGCCACAGCCACCAGCUAUUCCACAUCUGUGCAGUGCUGGGUACCCACUUCCAGCUGGAGGCAGUGCUGGCUGAUAUGGGAUCUCGCAGAGCCUGGCUGGCCACACAGGAAGCCACCCUGGGCCUGGCGGGCACAGUGGCCACACUGGUCUUGGUGGUAGCCGGGAACGUACUCAUCAUUGCUGCAUUCACAGUCACCCUGCUUCGGGCCCCUAGUACAUGCCCUCUGUUGCAGGGUGGCCCACUGGAGGGGGGUACCCAGGCCAAACAACAGUGAGGCCCUGGAGGGGGCAGAGGCCAGGCCCCAGUUCUGGGGAGGAGCCCAGACCCAGGUCUCAUCAGGUAGGGACGCAUCUCAGCCUGGAACCAACAGUGGCUGAGGACAGAGGGCAGAGGACAGAGGGCAGAGGAGAGGAGGAAUAUCUGUGGGGACCGGCAGUGUGAGGGACCAUGAGGGGCUCUUGAUGGGACUGAGGGAAGUGCUGAGGGUCUGAGAGGGGAGGCGGGUUCGUGUCCAGGCUGAAGAUGCCUCCCUACUCUGUGAGAGGUUGGGAGUGUUUGGGCCCUUUUGUCUGGCUCUGUUUCUGGUGCUCCUGGAAGUCUCUGCUCAGCACAGGGAAGAACUAACAUGACUAACCUCCGGCUACCCUGAAUGCUUCUUGCUAACCAGGCCAGGAGGGAACACACUUGGCCUCCAUGCCUGCAAGCCAGGUAAUGCCAGUUUGCCAGCAGCUAUUUGCCUGUGGAGAUGAGUCUGUCCUGGACACAACUGUGUACUCAAGGUGACCAGGCUUUUGGGGGUGGGCCUAUCUGGGUGCAUCAUGGAUGGUUCAGUGGACUGAGGUGUGGGGAGGAGGGUGCUAGGCUAGAGGGGGAUCUCUAGUUAGACUUCCUAGGCAUCCUAGGAAGCCACCGUCAAUGACUUCUGGAACAAGGCAGGUACAAAUUAAAAAAUAAAACUUUGGAAAGCA